AUGGCGAUAAAAGGUGAAAUUGACAUGACAGAUGCGUUGCAUGAGAAAGUGGAACAAAUGAAUGCUGAGGUUGAGAGGAUGAGUAAAGUGCUUCAGGCAAAGGAAGCUGUUUUAGAGAAUGUGCUUUGCGCCAUAAAUCAACUUCCGAUACAUCCAGUCAAUACGAUUUUGAUUCGAAAUAUUUUGAGAUCAGAGGUGAAGCAGUCAGAAAAUUGUAAUUUAAGUGGUUUCAAAUGUUACGUUGUUUGGAGUGCAUUAUUCCUAGAGAAUAUUUGCAUAGCGAUUAAAGUGGAAAAUGACACACACCAUAUUGUAUUACCCGUAUGUGCUGCUAUGUGUAAUUGUGAUAUGUCAGAUACAACGACUGUCAUUUUCGAUGAUUUACUAACAACUCAAUAUAUUCCGCCUGAAAGUAAACGAACAUUAUUGGUUAGUUUUCGAAAAGGACUUUUGCUUAGUAAGCAAGUAAUACUGGUACUAGAUUGUGAUUUUGUAACUGUAUCAAAUCCAUACUCGGACUUGGACAUAUUAUCGUUCCUUCCAUCAAGCAUUCACAGCAGGCAAACGCAGAUUAUAAAUAUUCUUGAUCUUGACGAGUCAUUAAAAAAGUACUCAUUGUCUGAAAUCGAUGAUCUAUCUUUAAAAGAAGGGUUGAAAUUAUAUCAAUGUCUUUAUGCUUGUCACUUCUCUAAAUUGCUCAGUAUUACGUCAGCAUAUUUGCGCACUGUUCUUCGUAACAUCGGGAAAUUUAGAGAAAUAGAUUUUGGUGAUUGGCAACUUUUUAUCGGUGAAACAGAUACAAUAUGGAAUAAUUUUAUAAUUUAUGCAAAUUCAUUAUUUACGGAAGGCCUGUCAUCUCAGUGCCGACUUUUCUCGAAGUGA